AUGCAAUCCCCCGUGAUACUCCGAGCCCUCGCCGGCCGCCGCUGCCUCUCCAAACCCCUCCUCCAGUUCCCCCGAAGAACCCCACUACUACCCACACAUGUAGACCCGCGACUGCAAACACAAACGCAAGCACAAAAAAGAACCUACUUCUCCCUGACCCCGAGCACCUCCCACAUGCCCACCAUAACGCCCACCGUGCGCUCAACACUCAUGCACGCUGGUGCGUCGCAGCUCGUCGGCGCGACAGUCAUACUGGCGCUCCUGUACACGUCUGCAUACGCCCUCGACUUGGCCCCCUGGCCGUUUGCCGGCCCCGGCCCCGCCCCGCCCCCGAUGUCGACGCCCAUGCUCGAUGAGCGGUUGGGGGAGCUGGCGCUCCCGCCGGAGAUGGAUCUGGAGAAUGAUGCGCUGUUUGCGCUGAUGGCGAGGUGUCGGCCAGUGAGGUAUGUUGCGCACAUACGGGAGGCGCGGGAGGGGGCGGAGAGGGCAAGGGCGGGGGUGAUGGAGUUGGAGAAGGUGCUAGAGGGGACGGAGUGUGCGUGUAGGAGUGUGGAGGGGGGCGAGUUGAGGAAGAGGGUGAGGGGUGAGCUGAGGGAGGCGAGGAGGGCGGAGAGAGAGGUGAGGGAGAGGUGGGUGAGGUUGUGGUUGCUGGAUUUGAGUGAGGGGGCGGCGAGGAGGAGGGGUCGGAAGAGGUGGGCGGGGGUGAGGAGGUGGAUGGGGUGGGAUUUGGAGGGGGAGUUGGAGGUGUUGGUGAAGGUGGGGUUGGUGAAGGUUUAG